AUGGAGAGUAAAACGUGGUUCGGCAGCCAAGAGGUAGAUGGGUCGGACCACGGCCUUGCUGCAAGUGACGGUGCGAGUCUUGUGGAGCACGUUCGAGAUAUUUUGAUGGAUAGCGAUGAUGACGUUGUGUCUGUUUCUUGUGUGAAUUUAUUUGUGAAGACUGAAACUACCAGUAGAGCGGUGAUUGAAAAUGAGGAGUAUUUAGCACGGCACUCUACUGGAAGGGAUUUCCGAAGGGGCGCAACAAUAUUUUCAGCACGCUCUUCAUCGCAUAGUAUGUCCCGCUUCACUACUGCGGGUACAUUUUCAAGCGGUAGUAAAGAGAUUGAAUACGGAGUUUUGUCGAUGCAGCCAUCUGUUUGUGUUGGGGUGGAUCGAGAUGUGCCGCUUAAGGAAAAGGUUGAUAGUUUUCAUUGUGGGUGUGUUGGAGUUGUCAGUGCGGUAACUGAUGUGCGUAGGUCUGUUAGUGGUCUACGUUCUUCUAAAUUAGUGGCGACAGGAGACCGCUGUGUUGCUGACUGUGGUGAUCAAGAACCGCUGUUGGGUGCAGGAAGAGGGCCUUUCGGUGGGAACGGUGAUAGUUCGAUAUUGGAAAGGACCUACGGUACUCUCGAUGGAUUGCAUAGCGUUACUGCAGAACGUUUUGUUGACGAACCACUUGUCGCUGCUGGCAGAUGGGAUUCUUACUGUAGUGAGGAAUUUCCCGUCUUCGUUGAUGGUGAUGUGUUUAGGUGCUUGUUUUGUGGCAGUGAGGUUCAUUUGAUUCAGGGUAGUCCAAGCGAUGUUUUUGUCCCCGAAGCUUUGGUUUCUGAAUCGAAUUCUUCAUUUGGAUUGAGGCGUGCAGUGGUGCAUGUGUUUGCCGUUUUUAUUAUCAGCAUGCUAAUGUUACACCAUGAAUCAUACAAUGUUUUUAAGACGAAUCCGUUUGUGGAUAAUCUUUUAGGUGGGAAGUGCAUGAUGCUGAAGCUCAUGUCGUUUCAUGCAAUCGCAGUUUCUUCGCUGUUAGUUGUGUUUUGUUUUCGUGGUGUGUGGGAAGUUCCUCACGUCGUGUUACUCGUUUCAACAGCCAUGUUGGUAGUGGACGACUUCCGUCUGCUUUAUGGUGUCCUUUUGAAUGUCACUACCUCUUUUGUUGUACGAGAACUUGUUCAGGCAGCCAGUUUCGUUGGUUCAUUUGCAUCUUUGUUGCUGUUUACCUGUGCUGAUGUGGGAUAUGUUGCUGGACCUCCGUUUCUAGCGCUCUCGGUAUGCCUAGCAUGGUUGAUGUCUCGUCUGGUGGCUUUUGGGGUUCUUCCGGCAUUUGCCACUACUGCUGCUGCGGGUUAUACUGCUAUCAUACAUACCGUUCUCGCAUUGGUGUCAUUUUCCCUUGCUAUCGGCAUUUGCUUACUACUACCUCCAUCCAUGUUGCAGCCUGGACCAUGUUCGUGCGGUAAAUCUCAUUAUGUCACAAACUUCCUUUCGUGUUUGGGGCGUCUUGAUCCGUCGUUCUUUAUCCGCAGUGUGGCUUGUGGGUGCCUUGUCGCAGUGGUAUCUCUUCUUACUGUGGACUCUGAGUUAGUGACGCUGCCGGUGUUAGAUAGUCUCCACUUCAAAGCGACUGACAUCCCAGUUGUCGAUGGCAGCGGAAAUUGGCCUAACGGUAUUGCGAUCAGUCCUGUUGUGGUGUUGCUCCUGUCAACGUUAGCACUGUUGUUGCUGUGUCUUGUGCCAAGUAUGGGCCCAUUUGUACGUUUUGUGGAACUCGGGCCUGCCACUGCUGCUAUGGUACUAAUAGUCGCAUUUUUUUUUGACGGUAAACAACUCACAGCCACCCUUGCCGCUGUCUGUGCGUUUUCAUUCGCCAUCGCGGUGGGGGGUUUGCUACGGUCAUUGGGAGCUGUCUUUCUGAGCCGCACUGUGGUUCGGGACAACUUUGGGAAGGCCACUGUCAGACCCACCGCUGCUCUGUUCACAACUGUGCUUCCUGUGCUUCUAGUGACUGCCGUUUGUUCGAGUUGCGUAGCACUAAUACUGGGGCUCACCGCGUGGCUAGCAGCUGUCCGUGGUAACGGCAAUGACUCUGGUGACGGUACCGCGGACAGACGCGGGUGGGCAGUGAUGUUUGUUGUGUUAGUUUUUAGCUCUGUGGCUUUGGCAUUGCAGCUUCUAGUUGGAAUGUGGUGGUGGCUUCCCCGGCUCUACAAGCGCAUUGCAGGCAUUGUUUAG